GGCUGGUUGUGUCCGCUUUCGCCUAUGCUUGUUCUGUCUUCGAAUCACCUACUCUUUUUCGCCCUCUCCACUGGUUCUUCACCUCUUUCCUCUUGGUUCCCUUUCUCUCCGCCAUUGGGUCUUGCAUACUCUCUUUCCGAUGGGUAAGCAGGCAGGCAGGCAGGCUGGCAGGCCAGGCAAGCACGCCCACACCGACACACACCGAAGAUCGGCAGUGAAUUGGUGAAUGCACGCAUCGGACUCUCCUUGCCGACGUUCGUUCUUUCUCAGUGCGUGCCUUACUCGGAUACCGUGAAGUACUAUCGCUUGUUUCGUAUCAUCUACGUGGCGCGUUGCAGCGGCGGACCCGCUUCGUUUCGGCUCGCGCGGAACAAAGACCAGGCGCGUAAAGAAAACCAAGAGACGAAUACGUGCCCUUUAAAGUCACGUACGUGAAUCGAACGAACGAACGCGCCCGUUGAUUCACCGUCCAGCAGCGGUGCCAUCGGGAAUCGCUCCGGCGCAGUGGUCUGUCUGAAUUUUCGAACCAGUGCCAAGAAUAACGGGGCCGGCCGAACGCAAAAGUGGUACUGGAAAUCUUCGAGUCGAAAGGGAUCGGAUCCGAUCGGAAGAAAACCGAUCGUCUUAACGAUCGUUCGUAUCGAGAUCCCCCGGGUGGCAGUGGAUUACGAUUUUCGUGGCUCGAUGGAUCGCGAGCAUACCCCCGCGGAACGAAAUUCUGUCGCCCCGAUGCGUACCCGGACAGCCAAAAGAAGUUUUAUCGGCGCGGUGGCGGUAAUCUAAACCACGAGUGGUGUGUUACGAGGCAGCGCCAACUGCUCCGUUGCUUCACGAUAUACACGGAAAGGGAGCAGCGCAAAAUGACGUCGAACGAGGAUGGCGACCUGAUCGAUCUAGGGAACGAAGUGUGCGUGCCACGGGUGCCUGUCGAGGAGUUGUUGCCCGAGGAGCAGGAGCAUCUUCUCGACGUGUGCCCGCCGAAGUUGGAACAGACGCUCUCGCUGACCAGAAAGCAGGAACAAGUGCACAGCGUGAGCGACAACGGCGACGUGUUGGUCACGCUGGGUCACGACCAGGUGGUGCCUAUUCGAAAGAGGAUCGACGUUGUUUCGUCCGAUACGAUAAAAAGGGUCCGCGACAUCACCAGGAACUUGGAACCAGUCAUAAGGAAGACAUGUUCCGAUAUUAACGAGGAGCACCAGGACACUGUCGACCAUGGAACCGUGUCGAGUCACGAAAAGCACGAGGACGAGACGUUCGAGGCCCAGGAGAUCAACAACGCCUUCAACUUCCUCACGGAGCUCGACGACGCGGAGGACCAGGUCGAGGCCAGCUACGACCGUCGCGACGACGUCGAGGACUCCCACGUGUCGGUACUAUUGACACGAUCGGAAAACGAGGAUCUGUUGAGCUUCCAUCGUGGAUCGUCCCGGGCCUUGAGUUGGAAAGCUCCGGACGGCUACUUCGUCCAGAAGGAUAACGUUGAUCUGGAUAAUCCGGCGUUCGAAUUGUCCUCUAACUCCUCCAACAUCUCGCGGAAGAUCAGGUCCAUUUCCGCGGGUCACGAGCUCGAGGCAGGUGGCAUGCCGAUCGUGAAGAAACGUUGCAAAGAGGAGGAGGUGUUUGGAAGAACGUCGUUUCAACGCAUGCAUCGCAAAUCAUGGACCGAGGGGACCAACAGCUUGAAGACUGGGUCCAAGGACGCUUUUACUAGGUUCGACAGGUCCACCAGUUUGGGGGAGUACAACUGCGAACCGUCCACUUCCACCGUCGCUCAUCGACAGUCCAGUUUCAUCUCGAGCUUUUCGAGGGAGGACGAGCUGGACACGAGCCCCGAGGACGGAUGUUCCGAUUGUUCGGAAGUAGAUUGGUCGUGGCUGGAGGAAGUGGAGUGCCCGCGGCCCACGGAGUCGUCGUCGGCGCCCGUUGCGGUCGACGCGGUUCAGGAGACCGCCGAGCAACACCGAGGGGGGAGCGCAUCCCCCACCAGCGAGAGCGCGAGGCGCAGGCGCGGUUGCGAGCAUCGUGCUACCGAUGCGGGCUGCAGUGCCGCGAUGUCCGUCUCCGGGACGGCAAAGUCCCUGGUGGUCGGUGGUUCGCGAUGGUCGACCUCCGACCCGUUGCCCGACCGUAACGAGGACACCGAUCAGGAUGAGGGUACGCGGUGCAACGCGGCCAACGAGUCCGUGGGCCGCGAGAACGCGACCACGGUGGUGAAUUCGUGGGUAAGGGCGUCCAUGAGACGUUUAAGGCACUUGAGACUGCCGGAAGGCAUCGAGAGACAGCGCAGCGGCGACACGAAUAACCGUCGCGGGGCUAUCGUAUCCGCGCCCAACUCUCUGCCGGACAUCGCGCUGAUCGCCCCGGAGAUCCUCGCCGCGCAGACCAACGGCACUUCCGGUACCCUCCUCAGGCCCUCCAGCGCCCCCGUGAGGAACGUGAACAGCACCAACGUCGUGCCGCCGCGACGGGGUGGCAGACAGUUCAGGGGAAGUCGAUCGCAAGCCGCGCGUAGUCGCGACGUGUCCUCGAGGCAAAGCAGCGUUCUGUCGACUACCACCGGCAGUGACACCACCUCGGGAACGACGACGUGCUCCAGCUCAUUCGGCGGUGCUUCCACGAGCCCACCUUCCAGCACGGUGACCAGUCCGCAGCGAAUCGCUUCCAGACGGAUAUGCGAAAGGCAAAGAGACGUCGACAGGGACGAGGACAGAGGAGAGGACGACGACGAGGACGCGAAUCCAUUGGGGAAGUGGCCACACGCUCUUAGUCCUGCGUUAGCGUGCCUUAGUUGCACCCUUGGUCUUUUUAAUAUAAGUAGAUUCUCUAUCCUUAGUAUACAAUUUGGAGUAAAUUUCAUUGUACAGUUCCUGAUUUUGUCUCUGAUAUUGGGCAUUCCACUUUUGACGUUGCACGUGUGCCUCGGGCAAAGAUUAGCGGCUGGAUCCGUGGAUAUGUGGAAAAUUUCGCCCCUUUUCCAGGGCGUCGGUAUAGCUCUGUUAAUUGCACAAGCGUUUAUCGGUACCUACAGUAUAGUCGGGGUGUCCUGGAUGUUCGUGUACUUCAGGGAUUCGUUCAUAACGAAGCAGGACAAGUACCGCUGGGCAGAGCCAUUUUCUUUGUACAGGGAGGACAAGCCGGCGCAGAACGCCAGCACCUUGAACAAACUGUACGAAACUGUGCCGGAUUAUUUUAGCGGAGUGGUGUUGCAAAGGCAGCAAUUGCACGAGUCGGAUUCCGGCGUAGUGACGUUAAAAUUUCAAGUAGCUUUCAACUUGGCCGUCGUUUGGAUGAUCGUGUUCGUUUCGUUGAGCAAAGGCUUGAGAUCUUAUGGUAAAGUGGUGUACGUUUUCACACUGGUGCCUGUGUUUGGCACGCUGGUGCUGUGCACAAAAUUGCUCGGCCUCACGCCUCCAGGGUCUAUACAUCAGCUUUUUCCUGCCACCGUGGGGACCGAGUUCUUCAUAAACGGGAAAUCGUGGGUGGCGGCGUCCAUCGAGGUUUUCCUCACCUGGGGAUUACUAGGCGCAGCCGCCAUGCAGAUAGCUGCGCACAACAAGCACAAGCAUCUUCUGCAACGGGACACGAGCCUCGUGAUAGUGCUAACGAUAGUGGUUCUCCUACUCGCGGCAUUUCUGGCGAACACUUGCGUGCAGAUUCUCAAGCAUCACGGGUAUAUUUACAUUCCGAGUUCCUUCGAAAGAAUAUCAUCGUACGUGUUUAUGAGGCACGUGAAUCAGCCAGCACCGCCGGGAUACAGCAGCACACCAGAGAGAUUUAUGGCCCACGCGUCGUUUAUCGUCGGUGAGCGUGUAAUUCGUCCCGGCGCGGAUUCCAGCGUAGAAUCUGGUUAUCAAGUUCUGAGACUUUCCACCGAAUUGGUCCCUGCGACGCUGGCAUUGCUCGGCACAGAGCAAGUGUCACCAUUCUGGGCGGUACUCUUCUACUUUGUGCUGAUUCUCUUUGGAAUUGCUCAACAGCUGGCAAUAUGGCACUGCGUGAUAACCGGGAUCAUGGCCAUCAACACAAAAGUGAUGAAACUCUGGGAAACGACCAUCACCUUCUUCAGCUGCGCUUGUGCAUACAUACUGGGCCUACCCUUGGCCACCGAGGUGGGCAUACAUAUCGUGUACUAUCUGGAUUACACAAUUGGUGGCUCGUGGUGGAUAAUGAUCUUAUAUUUGGUGCAAGUCGGUGCUGUGUUCGCGGUGCGGGGACGACCUCACAGCGGAGAGGCGGUCGUUGCAGAGUUGUUCCCACCUACAGGUCGGUGUCUCAGGCACUGGGCUGGACCACUCUUGUCGUUCACGUGGAACGUCGUGCUACCAGUCAUUCUCAUGGUUCUCAGCAUCACGGUAUUCAAAAACGCCGGAUUCCGUGAGCUCUACUCUUAUCGACGGACUGCCAGAGAUUACUGGACGGUGCUCUCGAGGCAACUCGGAGCCAUCAUUCAACUGAUACCGAUACUAACCAUACCUGCAGUGGCUAUCAUACAGACCUGUCGUUAUCUGAACAACGGCCCACCCGAUAUAUUUGAUACCAAUCAAGUGGCAGUUAACGUAAAUCACUGCGAGCAGUGUAACGGCAGAAUCCAACUGCUGUACCGACCCUCUCUGGAGCCGGAUGACCCUAGAACAGCUCAAACGCAUAUCGGGAACGACACUAGUACCAGCAUCCACGGUAAUGGAAUCGUCACUGCGACCACGGAGGUGCCGUUCGAGGAUCCGCCGCCAAAGUACACGCCACCGCCCAGUUACACGACAGCCACAGGGGCUAGGAUAGCGAAGAUGCUGAGACAGAGCUUCAGAAGAAGCGUGAGACGAAUAGCGAACGUGCUGGGUGAGAGCAGCACGCCCAGGCAGAGGCCAGCGUUGCAACCGCCGCCACCGGACUACGCGACCGUCCUCGUGGAAAUGAAUCAAGGCAGACAGACGCAGGACGUGGCGAUCCACAUCGCCGAGGCGAGGACAGAGAUCUCCGUCGCGAACGCACGGAGCAACGCGAUGGAGAGACACAGGCCUAACACCAUCGACAGAUCGACGAGGAUCGGCGUGGUGACGCCGCGUGCGGUCGAGCGUACCCAUUCGACGCUCGAGAGGACUCGUACGAGACAGUGCGCCACCGUGUCGAGCAGCUCGAACCUGACCGCGGUCGACGUAGCGAAUUUACUUCGUAGUAGCAUUAGGAGAGGUACUGCGAGGACCCAGCAGUCACUGCGCAGAAGCUUCUGCCACGACGAGCCGACGGUGGCGGCCUCUGUCGAGAAUCUAGUCGAGGCGGCCGCGCCGAUCGGCGAGGAAUCAUUGGUCCUGCCGAAGGACGUGUCUCUAGUCUCCGAUGAACAGGCUAACGACGAUAGCGACGACAAAAAGACUGCCGUAGAGACGGACGAGUCCGUUUCCGUGAUAUAGACUCUGUCCUUCGUUCCGAGUUUUUUUUUCUAUCCAAGAACGUCCCAACGUCACGCAACGAUUCACGCGUGCGUUGCCUUUUUAAUCGCGCGCUUACCGCGGCGAUCUUGAACCAACGACCGAGAAAUUUAUUCUUAUUCUUUAGACUGAAUUCAGUAUUUCCUUUUCCUUUUCGUUAGUCUUGUCAUGCCCGACGAAUAACCGCAUAAUCUCGUCGUUCCACUUACCGCGACGAUUGUAUCGAGAACGAGAUGAAUAAAACGUACAACGAACUCUCGCGGAGCUUCGAUUAUAUCGCUGUGUAGAUCCAUUACGACUUCGAACCGGUGUAAUUUACAAUUUUUCGGCAUUCUUGUUCGAGACUGCGCGCAGGAUGAAUACGUCGAUGUAAUAUACUGCUGUUAGUCUCCUGGUAGUUUUAGAGUAUUAAUGUAUAUAGUAUUUUAACGAAUCAUUUACAAGAUAAAUUUUUGCUUGUCGCGCGUUUCGUAACGUUAACGUUUUCGUUUUAUUGGCCGCAAUUGUAUAGUCCGUCCACCGUCCAUCGAGGCCUGUACUAUACUUUCUGGCCGAUGGGUCGAACAAAAUUGCGGCGAACUAGUGAUUGUACGCGUUGCAAUGGAAAGAUUGUACGUUACGUAUUAUAUGGCAAUACGAAUAGACGAAAUAAGAUCAAGCAAGAAAAGCAAUGUAAAAAAUGUAUUGUUAUUUACAUGAUUACGUAGUUGUAGAGUGCCGCAAAUAUUCUAAUAAUAUUUCAUAAGUGUAACUGCUAUACCUGAUAUU